UUCUUUAAAACAAAUUGUAAUUUUACUUCACUAUAUAGAUAAAUAUAGACUGAAUAGUGUUAAUUAACAAUUUUUAAAUUAGAUAUAUGUUUAAUAAAUUGAAAUUAAAUUUAAGAACAUCUCUCUAUAACUUUUCCCUGUGCACAAUUAUGUGAGCAUCAAAGUUGGAAAAUAAAAUUAUUAGGAAAAAAUUGGCAGUGAACAAAUCUCAUAUAGUGAGAAUGGUGUUGGUUUUCAAUGGUGUAUUGCAAGAGGAAUGUCCUCCUAAUACUUCUUCUUUGUAUAAUACUCAUCCAGUUUAUAGAGACAGAGCUGCACAGUUAUUGGCAGUUCCAAACAAAGUGAUUGGACCAGUGGGACUUUUGUAUGUAGCACAGAGGGAAUAUGCAGCAACUGUUCCCCUUGAUAAAAAUGUUACUAUUUUGGGAACGGACGAUGUGACGAGUUGUAUGAUAGUGGUAGUGAGACAUUCAGGUUCAGGAGCUGUAGCAUUGGCCCAUCUAGAUGGUUCUGGAACCGAUGAAGCCGUAUGUGCCAUGGUGCAGAGAGUACAGGAGUUAGCCAUCGGAUAUCCUGAUGGAAGAAUUGAAUUACAGUUGAUCGGAGCAUACAGUUCGAGACCAUAUGGCGAAAAAUUAUUCUAUAGCGUGAUGAAUUCGUUUCACAAACAAUUGGUUGAGAUAGACCUAACAUUGGCUUGUGUUGGAGAGUUGAAUACUACGAUGCGUGGUGGAAUUCCUUGGCCUAUCAUUUAUGGUAUAGGUCUGAAUAUAAAAACGGGGGAUAUCUUUCCAGCCACUUUUCCAGACAAAGGACCAGAUUUGUCACUCAGAAUGGCAAGGUAUCUCACAGGCGUCACACAGGUGUCAGAUAUUUAUGAUUAUAAUCUGGGAUUAUUACGAAUUGGCCCUUUCAAUUAUCAGCCAUUACGUGGAGUCGAUUUAUGGCUUGAGCAAAGUGAUGAAUUCAUAUUACAACAUUUAUCGGAUUCUCCUGAAGUUGAGCCACCACAUAUUGUGAUGCAAUUACGUGCCACUUUGAAGUAUAUCCAAGAUAACCAAUUUCCAGCCAUCACAGUUUUUAGGGAUAAUAAACCACAUUACUUUCGCAGGGAUGAACAAUCUGGAACCUGGAUACCUGUUAGUUUUAGAACUUCUCUAGAUGAGGUCAAUGGGAAAACGAGGGAUAUUCUGAUCAAGGUUUAUUGAUUUGAGUGUUUCAUCAAACUUUUUUUUAUACCUUAUGUGUUAACUAUUUCUUUGAAUAAGUUCAUCAAGUUCGAAUUUUUUGAGAUCAAUAAGUUCGGACUUAAUUAACCACUAUGAGAAAACCUGCCAUACAUUGAUCAUACUGAAUUAGAAUCAAAAUAAUCCUUUAGUUUUAUCUUCGUAACAUUUACUUCAGAAUCUUAUCGAGGAACAUUUCCAGUGCUCAUUUUAAAAUUUAGAAUUCCAGUUUUUAUAUGUUGCUGAAGAAUAUUUUUAUUCUCUUGGCAAUUAGAAAUAAAACAUAGUUUUUACUACAAAUUGAAUAUUUAGAUCAUAGUUGUCAAUAUCCAUAAGAUAUCCAAACUGAAUUUUUUUGGCAGGUUUUCUAGAGUGUUCAAAUUUCAGUAACAGUUUUGUAAUUUGGCAUGUAUUCAAGAUUUAUGUAUUGUAGAGCUUGUAGCUUAAUUAUGAAAUAUCUGUUUGAAGGAGUUAUGGAAUCAAAACACUAAUACACGCAAAUUGCAUUUCAGCCGAACAAAACUAAGGUGAUUCAAACUAUAGAUUGUUUAUCUCAUUAAAUAAUUUUUAUUCAAACAAUUAUUUGAUCCUGAAUUGUAAACAAUUCACUGAAUCUAUCCCAAAGUGUUCAUAUCUCAUUUUAUAUACUAAUAAUAAUGACACAUUCAAAUAAAAAGGUCGGAUAGCAGUCGGAAAAGGACAAAUCAAAAUUUGCCUGUUAUCCUACGAGGAUCAGGAAGUGGAACUUAGUGGUUAAAUGAAGCACAACUUAGUCAUUAUUGUUGAAAUUGAAUUGGUCAUCAUUGUUAGUUAUUUCAUCACAAUUUCGGGUAUUUUUUUUGGAUUGUAUGUGAUUCAAUUGUUUGAAAUAGAUGAUUUAUUUUCCUAUUUUAUGUGUUUAUUCAUGUGUAAGGAAAGAUAAGAUUGUUUAUCAAAAUAUAAAUUGUUACUUAGAUUCAAGAUAUUUUUAUGACAAUUAACUAGAGAAGAAUUUCUCAAAUGAGUAUAUAUUUUUUUAAGUGUCGAUUGAUAAUUGGAUUGUCUGAAUUCUUUGAUCAUUUUUUCCCAUAUUUGUUUGGAAAACGAUUGUAACUAUUGUUAGUGAUAUUUUCUAUAUCUGUUAUAAUAAAUAAUGAACAACUUAA